AGGGAGGAGGAAGAAGGGGAGAAAGAGGGGGAGGAAAAAAAGGGAAAGAAAAGGGGAGAAAAAAAGGGGAGGGGAGGAAAGGGGAGAAGGAGAGGGGAAAGGAAAAGGAAGGGGGAAAGAAGGGAGGAGGGAGAAAGAGGGAAAGGAAAGGAGAAGAGAGAGGGAAAGGAGAAAGGAAGGAAAAGGGAGGGAGAGGGGAAGGGAAGAGGAGGGAAGGGGAAAAAAGGAAGGAGAGGAGAGGGAGAGGGAAAGAAGAAAAAGAGGAAAGAAGAAGGGGAAGAGGGGAAAAAAGAGGAAAGGGAAAAAAGAGAGGGGGAGGGGGAGAGGGGAGAAAGGGGGAAAGAGGGGAAGGAAAGAGAAAGAGGAGAGAAGGGGAAGGGAAAGAGGGAGAGGGGGAAGAGAGGAAAGGGAAAGGAAAGAGAAGAAAAGGGAAGGGAAAGAGGAAAGAGGAGGGAGAGGGAGAAAGAAAAAGAAGAGGGAGAGGGGAAAAGAAGAAGGAGAGGGAAGGGAGAGGAAGAGGAGAGGAGAGAAGGGGGAAAGAAAGGAAAGGGAAAGGAAAAGAAAGAGGAGGAGGGGGGAAAAGAAGAGGAG